GCAACAACUUUCCAUCGCAAGUUUCCCCGCACUUCACGUGCCUUCUAAUCGUACAUAAUCUAGCCACAUCAAACGAACCUCAUAUCAACUCUGCAACUCCCCCUUCAUCUGCGACUUUCGAUAUAUUGUAGUAAGAAGCUACUCAAAAGAGCAAAAAGAAUCAAACAUGCCUACCGCAAAAGCCACCAUCGACAACACCGUCCUCGCCGAGACCACCCACUGGGAAACAGUCGAAGGCAACAUCUAUUUCCCUCCCUCGUCAAUCAAAGAUCCCUCUCUCUUCGUGCCGACGGAGUUGUCGACCUUUUGUCCGUGGAAGGGCCACGCCUCGUAUUAUUCGGUCGUAGUGGGAGAGAAAACGAUUCCCAAUGCAGUGUGGUAUUACGCUGAACCGUAUGAGGCGGCGUUGAAUAUCAAGGAUCAUCUGGCUUUCUACACCAAUAAGGUGAAUGUUACGGUUGAGGAGUAAAGUUUUGGGGUCGGGGGAUUUGGGGUUGAGGGGAUAGAGUGUUGCGGUGAGGGCAUCUUCCUUCCGUUGGCUCGAGGUGUAUUUCUCCUCUUAGGCUUUCUUGGGCUGUAUUUGUUUGAUUUCCACGAGUCAGGUUCAAUAUGAUUCCGGUUUCUGAUUGCUCCUGUCUAUUGGUAGGUAGUAGUCAGGCGAGAGGGGUGGAAGGACAUGAUCUCCGACGCAUAUGAUGAAACAAGACAUUAUUGCUGGCAGUAUCUUGGUAAGAUCGAGUUAGUGGGGAAGAAAGGGCGUGUUUGAGCAUGUAUACUUCCCAAGGUCCUUGAGUGCCUUGGGCGAAGAAGGCAGUUCUGAUUCUCGGGCUGGGGUCAUCGAAGCAGACGCGACUCCUCGUUACUGAGAGAUACUACCUAUUUAUUUGUAGGUGCUUUCCCACGGUGAAUG